CCGAGUCGGGACCCAAACAGUUAAACACCUCCCCCAACACCCGGCGGAGCACUCCCGCUCUGUCAAUAUGGCGGAGUAAAGUCUCGCGGGCUGGGGGCGGGGCCACAACAUUCGCGGGAGAUCCUAGCUACUCAGGUCACGUGCUUGGGGGCGGAGACAUGGGGGUGUGGCCACAACAUGUUGGUCCUACCUCCUCGCGGGCCACGCCCCCACCCCUCUUGGGGCUCAGGCGCUCGGCAGAGGGGUGGAGCCUUCCUCAUGACCUUUCACCCCAGCAUGGCUGCGCCCGUGGGACCGGUGAAGUUCUGGCGACCCGGUGCAGAGGGGCCGGGUGUCAGCAUCUCUGAAGAAAGACAAAGUCUAGCUGAAAACUCCGUGACAACUGUUGUUUACAAUCCAUAUGCUGCCCUUUCUAUAGAGCAGCAGAGGCAGAAGCUACCGGUGUUCAGGCUUAGGAAUCAUAUAUUGUACUUGAUCGAAAACUACCAGACAGUGGUAAUUGUUGGAGAAACAGGAUGUGGGAAAAGCACGCAGAUUCCACAAUACCUUGCAGAAGCCGGCUGGACAGCUGAAGGAAGAGUCAUAGGAGUGACCCAGCCUCGAAGAGUGGCUGCUGUUACAGUUGCAGGGAGAGUAGCUGAGGAAAGAGGUGCUGUGCUGGGCCAUGAAGUGGGCUACUGCAUUCGCUUUGAUGAUUGCACAGAUUCGCUGGCAACACGAAUUAAGUUUCUGACGGAUGGAAUGCUGGUCAGGGAAAUGAUGGUUGAUCCAUUGUUAACAAAAUAUAGUGCCAUUAUGCUGGAUGAAGCCCAUGAGAGGACCUUGUACACUGACAUUGCCAUUGGCUUAUUGAAAAAGAUUCAGAGAAAGCGAGGAGAUCUUCGACUGAUUGUAGCUUCAGCCACUUUGGAUGCAGAGAAAUUUCGGGAUUUCUUCAAUCAAAAUGAAACUGGUGAUUCUACUAGAGAUACAUGUGUGAUCCUUACAGUGGAAGGACGAACAUUUCCAGUGGAUAUCUUUUACCUGCAGAGCCCUGUUCCUGAUUACAUCAAAUCAACUGUAGAGACUGUGAUGAAAAUUCACCAGACAGAGGGAGAUGGAGACAUAUUGGCAUUUCUUACUGGCCAAGAAGAGGUAGAAACAGUAGUGUCUAUGCUGAUUGAGCAGGCUCGAGCACUAGGCCGGACUGGGAUGAAGAGGCACCUCCGAGUUCUCCCCAUGUACGCAGGACUGCCUUCCUUUGAGCAAAUGAAAGUGUUUGAGAGGGUGUCGCGCAGUGUCAGAAAGGUAAUCGUGGCUACCAAUGUGGCAGAAACCUCCAUUACCAUCAGCGGGAUUGUGUAUGUGAUUGACUGUGGCUUUGUAAAACUCCGAGCCUAUAAUCCCAGGACAGCUAUUGAGUGCUUGGUGGUGGUCCCAGUGUCCCAGGCUUCAGCCAACCAGCGAGCAGGACGAGGUGGCCGCAACCGCUCAGGAAAAUGUUACCGCCUCUAUACAGAGGAAGCCUUCGACAAAUUGCCUCAAUCCACUGUUCCUGAAAUGCAGCGUAGCAAUUUGGCACCAGUCAUCCUGCAGCUAAAAGCACUAGGAAUUGACAACGUUCUCAGGUUCCACUUCAUGUCGCCCCCUCCAGCACAAUCGAUGGUUCAAGCAUUGGAAUUACUCUAUGCCCUGGGAGGUCUGGACAAAGACUGCCGUCUAACUGAACCACUUGGCAUGAGAAUAGCAGAGUUUCCUUUGAAUCCCAUGUUUGCAAAAAUGCUGCUUGAAUCAGGAAAUUUUGGUUGUUCUCAGGAAAUUCUAAGCAUUGCUGCCAUGAUGCAGAUCCAGAAUGUUUUUGUGAUCCCUUCAAACCAGAAGUUUCAGGCAGCUCGAAUGCACCGGAAGUUUGCUGUGGAGGAAGGUGACCAUCUCACUAUGCUCAAUGUGUAUGAAGCUUUCAUCAAACAUAAUAAGAACUCUCAGUGGUGUCAGGAGCAUUUCCUGAAUUACAAAGGUCUUGUCAGAGCCGCAACUGUGAGAGAGCAACUGAAAAAGCUUCUUGUCAAGUUUCAGGUUCCCAAGAUAUCUAGUGAAGGCGAUCCAGACCCGGUUCUGAGGUGCAUUGUUGCAGGAUUUUUUGCCAAUGCAGCGAGGUUUCAUUCUACUGGAGCUUACAGGACUAUCCGCGAUGAUCAUGAAUUACAUAUCCACCCAGCUUCAGUCCUCUAUGCAGAGAAGCCACCACGCUGGGUUAUCUACAAUGAAGUCAUACAAACCUCCAAGUAUUAUAUGAGAGAUGUGACUGCCAUUGAAUCUUCGUGGCUAUUGGAGCUAGCUCCACACUUUUAUCAACAAGGAACGCACCUGUCCCUUAAAGCCAAGAGGGCCAAGGUCCAAGACCAAUGAGAAGAGCCAGGCUUCAGCUCAGUGACUGCAGGGCGCCUCCCCUCCAUGCUGUCUCCCUGGCCCCAGACGGGGUGAACAGGCAUCCACUCCUUUGGAACUGUCAUUGCUCUGAGUGGGCUGAGCCCAUUCCUUCACCCCUUCUUUCCCUUUCCCAUCAGCCUUUGCAUCCCUCACUGGGAUCCUGGAGGAGUCUCUGCAUGGCAGGCACCCCACUGAGCUGCACCCGGGCAGAGAGGGACUUGCCAGGGCCAUGCUCUUUGCUCACAAGCAUGCCCACUAGCCCAGCAUGCCACCACUGACAGGCAUAAGCCUGCCCUGCUUGAUGGGCAAAAAGGAGGCAAGUGAGCCACUGAGGGCUGAAGAGCCGAGUGCGUGGACAGGGAUGGUUAGGCUGGCUUUGCUUUCCCUGCCGGGGCCAGGGCGGAGUUGGCCAGUUAGGCGUGAAUCAGCGUCAAUCUACGAAGCAACGAGACUCUGGGAACACCAAGACUUCUGCUAAAACCACCGAGGGCAUGUCUAUCGAGCAUAAACCAAGCAGCUUGUUUGUUUCUCCAACCGCAUCACUGUUUAUCUGCCACCAGGAUGCCUGUGAGAUGCACCGUGCACACUGCUCGUUAGCAGAGGGCUUUCUAUUCCACAAGUGGGCUUAGCUUUCUCUCCACGUUCAGAACCGUGUACAAAGCCACCAGCUGUGCACGAGUGGAUGUUCAUCAGCUCAGCCCCCACCAAGGAUCCUCUGUAGCAGGAAUUCCCAGCAGUUUAGAGGCUCUAAGCUUCUGUAGCUCAGGAACAUAACAUGCACAUUCAUUUGUUUGUGUGUUUGUCUGUCUGUUUGCUUGGGUUCUUCUAAGAGUACUUGGGGCGGCUCUUCCAGCAGGUACUGGUUCCACUGUUACCCCAGGCUUCUUUGCUGUGAUGAUGUUUGCAUUUCAACACAUGGCUGACAGAUAGAUUCCCUCCCCUACUCCCUUACUGUUUCAGUGACAUUUAUUUUAAAAACACGUAGCUUGAGGAUUUAUUUUUAUACCGACUAGUUUGGAUGUGCCACUUUUGGCACCAAACAUGUAUAUCAUUUUUAUUUCCAUUUUAUAAACACAUAAAUGAUAGUGAUAACUUGUUAAUAAUAGUAAACCUUUAUACCCAAAGUAAAUGCAUUCCCUCCCA